AAUAUCAACAACUUUCUCUCGCUGAAACGCCAUCACUUUCCUGCUGACUUUCCUCCUGGCACGAACUUUCUCUCCUUCCUAAUUUUAUUUCGCCUCUACUUUUUCACAAUUUAUUAGCCCCUUUUUGGCACAAUACCUUCCCAAAUUUCUCAUUUAGCGAUGGAAAACGAUCGUCUUAACCCGGCUGAUUAUGACGACGACGAGUAUAUCAAGCCACAGAUGAGCUAUUGCUGUGGGUCACCAAGUAUUGAUCUCAGUCAGAAAUUCAGGGAUGAACGGACUCGCUGCGUAUUUGUGGCGUUGGCAUUUGUAAUCAAAUUGGUGGAGGUAACAUCCAUCGCGUUCAUAGUGUAUGAUCUCGCUGCAGAUGCGGAAAACCAAUUGAAGUUCGAUCUCUUGGUCACUGCUGAAGAGUUGAAACCGUACAACUGGGUCAUAUUUCCAGCAGCGAUUCUUGUCCUGGUAAUUUACGGGGCGGCGAGAUGUGCUGGUGCAGGUCGCGGAUGCUGUGCCGGACUUUUCUUAAAUGUUAUCAAGACUUUUUCGAUUGCCGUAUUCUGUGGGACGCUGAUCACCUACGAUUGUGUUUACCCGUACCGUUACAUCGUCUUCCUGGCUGUCGCCACGGUUUGCUUGAUCUGUUUGGGAAUUUGCUUGAUGACAACUGUUUUUGAGAUGAAUGUCUUGGGACGAGGAAUGUUCAGCGCUCUGUUUGUCUACUUUCUCUUCAUUUUCCUCUCCGCACAUUUCAUUUACUUGACCACGCUGCGUGAAAAGUACAAGAUUGGAUAUGUCCUUUUCUUGACGAACGCUGGAAUUGGAGGCGGUGUUGGUCUUUUUCUUGGGAUGGUAAUGUUAUGGUACCUGCAAGAACUUAUCACUGGGAAAGUCAUUUCACUAAACGAGUCAGAGUUCCUUUACGUGUGCUUGCUCUUCUAAAUAACUGUUUUCAGUAUUUCGAAGCAUUCCAGUCUCAAAAUCUUGAAAUUAUUUAAGCUAAACGAAACCAACUGCUGCAUAUUUAUCAAUGAAUUGCUUGCAUAAUGUAAGUCAGUCAGUUUCGCUACUUAUCUCUGUUUGGUAAAUAAUCUUUUAGAUGGUUAGAUUAUAAUGAGCUUUUGUAAGUAGCAGUAACUUCCUGUACGCCGUCUUGCCAAUUAUAAAUAUAUAGAAAUAUAGAUAUGUAUUUUAUAAUAUACUAAAGUUGAAAGGAAAACGCGAAGUAUUAUUCCGGCCGGAAAUUGAAAUCUUGUGAUGUAAAAGUAUGUCUUGUCAAUGUGUGAAAAUAUAUUCGUAGUGCAUGCACAUAAAAUAAUUCUUCUAAAAUUGGUGUGGUACAUAAAUAUACUAGCGGAUUUAGUGCAGUGCCAAUAAGCCAAAACAGGUUGUACCAGAAAUGGUGCGUUAAUAAAUAUUAUUAUAAACCAGCCAAGAAUCGAAGAAGCAAUAGGACAACUCGGGGAAUUAAAAAAUGCCAUGUAGUACAAAGAGUACGAGUUAAUUAUAGAAAUAUAAUUACCUAUAUGCCAUAUCUAUAUUAUACAAUGUGAAAAAUUGGUCAUGCGAAAAAAGAAUCAUUACAUUUUAAUGCUUUUUUGUGAUUUACUUAAUUGUUGGCACUUGAUAAUUGGUCUUGAUAUUAUUAAUCCAUAUUAUUGUGAACAAUACAUAAUAUAUUAUGUUGCAUUGAUUAAUGUGUAGAUUUCUAGUUGUAAAUACCAGUAAGCAGUAAAUGACAACAUUACAAUAAUCCGCAAUGCUUCAAGAAAUUAAAAAAAUAUAUACGAGUCGAAUACUCCAAAAAUCAAUCAUAUAAAUAUUCGCGUAAGUAUUAUAUAUUCAACUUUCUUGAUUGGGUAAAUAAAAGUUAAUGACAUCACUUCA